AAUAAGUUCAGUAAAUAGAAUACUUAUUCGCCAAUGUAGGGAAAUAAGGCUUUCACCGAAAUUCCGAAAUAGAUUAGAUCGAUACAUGUUCAAGAUGGCGGCUCAUGGAAACUAAGGACGCGAACCGCUGUAUGUUUGGAGGAAUGUGCAUGUGGAAUAUUAAAAAAAUGUGCAGACAUUAGGUUAGGGAUACAUGAAGUGUUACUUUUAUUGUGCUACUAUCCAGAGUACCUUCUGCCAUCAGAGGAAAAAACAAACAAGGAUAAUCAUCGUUUAUUAUGUUUUAACACACAUUGAAUCAAUAUGUCGAGGAUAAAGUUUGCCACUGAUUUUGACAAGUCAGUACUACUGAACAAUUUCGAGAAUCGUGGUUGGAUUCAAGUUGGUGCUGAGGAUGAUUGGAAUUUUUACUGGGCUGGGGUCCAUAACAUAAGGAAUGUCUUUAGUGUUGACUCUGGCUUCAGACUGCAAGAUGACCAAGUGAUCAACCAUUUCCCAAACCAUGUUGAGUUAACCCGCAAAGACUUGAUGGUAAAGAACAUCAAACGUUAUCGCAAAGACCUCGAGAAGGAAGGGAAUCCCCUGGCUGAGAAAGAUGAAUCAGGACGCUUUGCUCACCUUGAUUUCAUCCCUCAGACAUUUAUGCUCCCAGCAGACUACAAUCUUUUUGUGGAAGAAUUCAGGAAGAAUCCAAAUACCACAUGGAUCAUGAAGCCAUGUGGUAAAGCUAGGGGCAUUGGAAUCUUCCUGGUAAACAAACUCUCACAACUCAAGAAAUGGUCCAGAGAUGGAAAAGGCAACUCAUUCACCCCUCCAACUGCAAAAGAGACGUAUGUCAUAUCAAAAUAUAUUGAUAAUCCACUGCUUAUCGGAGGGAAGAAGUUUGAUCUGCGUCUAUAUGUGCUGGUCACUUCUUUCAGGCCACUGAAAGUCUACAUGUACCGCCUUGGGUUUUGUCGUUUCUGCACAGUCAAGUAUAAUGCCAGUUUAAAUGAACUGGACAAUAUGUUUGUUCAUUUGACCAAUGUCUCUAUACAGAAACAAGGGGAUGACUACAAUGCAAUCCAUGGAGGCAAAUGGACUGUCCAGAACUUGCGUCUUUUCCUAGAGAGCACAAGGGGCAAAGAUGUUUCAGACAAACUUUUCGAUGACAUCAACUGGCUGACUGUUCAUUCUCUGAAAGCCGUGGCUGGUGUUAUAUCUAAUGACCGGCAUUGCUUUGAGUGUUAUGGAUAUGACAUCAUUAUUGAUGAUAAUCUCAAGCCUUGGUUGAUAGAGGUGAAUGCAUCUCCUUCUCUUUCUGCCACAACUUCCAGUGACCGCAUCAUGAAAUAUCGGCUCAUCUCUGAUGUUGUCAACAUCGUGAUUCCUCCAGGAGACAUCCCUGACGUUCGAUGGAACAAAGUGCCUGACAAAGAAAACUAUGGACAUUUUGAUUUGCUAUAUGAUGAGGAACUCGCCAAUGCUGACCAGGCUGGUCAAGACUUGCGGGCAAAGGCCGGGCUGCCAAAUCCUGCUCUUCGUGGUGGGAUCCGGGAACAACGCAAAGGCUCCCAGGCUACCUGGAAAUGAUGACAUUUAUUCAGCAAGAGGAAUGACAGGCAAAAAAGCAUAAUAUUGUCUGUCUUUAUUUGUGCCUAGUUUUUAUUCCUUUUUCCAUUUUGUAAUUCCUUCCAGAUUCAGUCUUUCAUGUUCAUGUCAAUAUUUUUUUUUCUUAGUCCUGUACAUUCUGUCCCCUUCCUUCUUGAUCUUUGUUGAUUUUGUUCCCUUUGAAUUUGAACAAGGGUCAUGCAUCCUCAUUCUAUGCCUCUUGUUCCUCUUCUUGUUCUUGUUCUUGUUCUUAUUCUUUUAACACCACUCCUCACUUUUUCCUCUAGGUUUGUUGGUGUCUUUAUCUUAAAGUAUUGAGCCAUGGGUGUUUUGAUUUGAAAGGUUGGAAUGUAUGAGAGUAUGCUUUGAUACAUUGUAUUCAUGAACUGUCCAGGUGCACUAUGCUCAAGUUCAGAAUGUUUCAGUGCAUGUCAUUCCUUUUCUUAUUUUCAUUCAUUAACUCUUAUCCUGCGUCUGUGCCCAGAUGCGUAUCUUAUCAGCAACCGAUUA